AUGGAUACUGUUAUCCACUCUCUAAAAGACCCAUUAGCCUUAGCUCUUCUCUUAGUAAUUCCUUCUCUAUUACUACUACGUCUAAUUUCUCGGCUUCGCCGGCGAUUACCAUAUCCACCGGGCCCAAAAGGGUUACCAAUUAUAGGCAACAUGCUUAUGAUGGAUCAGUUAACCCACCGUGGCUUAGCUAAACUAGCUAAACAAUACGGCGGUCUUUUCCACCUUCGCAUGGGUAACAUACAUAUGAUGGCUGUUUCGUCGCCGGAAAUAGCCCGGCAAGUAUUACAAGUACAAGACAAUAUAUUUUCAAAUAGACCAGCCACCAUAGCUAUUAGCUAUCUUACGUACAACCGCGCUGACAUGGCUUUUGCUCACUACGGACCGUUUUGGCGGCAAAUGAGAAAGCUUUGUGUAAUGAAACUUUUUAGUAGAAAACGAGCAGAGUCCUGGGAAUCCGUUAAAGAUGAAGUUGAUUGUAUGAUAAAAAAGGUUGUUGAGAAUAAAGGGAGAGUACUUAACGUUGGAGAGUUAAUAUUUACCUUAACUAUGAAUAUCAUUUACAGGGCAGCGUUUGGUUCUAAAAUUGAAGGGAAAGAUGAGUUCAUAAUGAUUUUACAGGAGUUUUCAAAGUUGUUUGGUGCUUUUAAUAUUGCAGAUUUUAUACCUUGGUUAGGUUGGAUUGAUCCACAGGGUCUUACUUCUAGACUUGGCAAGGCUCGUAAAGCACUUGAUAGAUUUAUAGAUUUGAUAAUUGAUCAACAUAUGGUUAAAAGAUCUCAAGGCAUUGUUCCUGAUGAAGAUGGGGAUAUGGUUGAUGAUUUGCUUGCUUUCUAUAGCGAUGAAGCUCAAGUUAAUGAAUCUGAUGAUUUGCAGAACUCCAUUAAACUCGCUCGGGAUAACAUCAAAGCUAUCAUCAUGGAUGUGAUGUUUGGUGGGACAGAGACGGUGGCGUCGGCCAUAGAGUGGGCUUUGACGGAGCUGAUGAAAAGCCCAGAAGAUAUGAAAAAGGUCCAGCAAGAACUUGCAGAGGUGGUCGGUCUAGAGCGGCGCGUGGAGGAGAGUGACUUUGAAAAGUUGACGUUUUUAAAAUGUACACUUAAAGAAACUCUUAGAAUUCACCCACCAAUUCCACUUCUCUUGCACGAAACAUCCGCCGACGCAGAAGUCGCCGGAUAUUAUAUUCCGGCGAAGUCUCGGGUCAUGAUUAAUGCAUGGGCUAUCGGAAGGGAUAAGAAUUCAUGGGAGGACCCUGAUACGUUUCGGCCUUCGAGGUUUAUGAAACCAGGAGUUCCUGAUUUUAAAGGGAGCAAUUUUGAGUUUAUUCCAUUCGGGUCGGGUCGGAGAUCCUGCCCUGGUAUGCAACUCGGACUUUAUGCUCUUGAUUUGGCUGUGGCUCAUCUUCUACAUUGUUUUACAUGGGAAUUGCCAGACGGGAUGAAACCUAGUGAAAUUGAUACCAAUGAUGUUUUCGGACUCACCGCUCCUCGAGCGACCCGACUCAUUGCGGUUCCUAACCCACGUCUAUUGUGUUCUAUUUAAAAAGAAAAAAAAAAUUAAAAUUUAUACACCUGGAGAUAAAGGAAAGGAACAAAAUGAAAUGAAAUUUGGAGUUCAUACAAGUAUUUAAAAAAUUGGUGAAACAAACAAUUUUUUUGUUUAUAUUAUAUAUAUAUAUAUAUAAUAUAUAUUGGAGAAAAGGAAAGAGACGAGAAUAAUGGUUGAAGAGUUAAGAAAAUGUGGAAGGAUUUGAAUUUCUCUUUCUUCUUCAUAAGACUUUCAUUAUGAUAUUUUUAUGUGAAAAAUGUGUCUUCUUAUUUCAUCUCUCCUUUCUCUUCUUUUUUUCUAUUUUCUUUUUUCUAUGGCACUCAAUAAAGUUUGUAUGUUCAUGUUCAUGAAGCAAAGCAAAUUAAACACUUCCCAAGUGAGAAAGUGUCUGUUUUUAUGUUU